CCGAGUCCUUCUGUCCAUUCGUCGGAGAAAACCGUGUACAGGAUGAAUUGGCUCGUCCUAGGCGUCGUCUUAGGGCUUGGCUGUUUAUGCCAAGGUGUCGCGCGCGACGAGGCGGAGGGACGCAUCAUCGCCGCCUUCUCCACCAAGACGGCCUUCACCUUCACCACGUCCACCACCACCGUGCCCUACACAUGCAUCUCGGGCGCCCUCCCCACCGCCGUCUGCACCAAGAGGCGGCUGCGGCGAACGGCCCCCAUCGGCGACCUCAGGGCCGGCGCCGAUAUGGUGCUGGAUAGCUCGAUGGAUACGGACCUCGCCACAGAAACGGAGCAGGAACGAGAAGCAAGAAUCGCCCUCACAUUCUGGUCGACCUUGUCCUCGACCUUCACCAUCACCUCGACCUCCACGAACUCCGCCACCACCUUCUCCAUCUCCUUCUACUGCACAAUAGCGGGAGCCAAUUACCCCCCUGCUUGCGGUUAAGGACUCUGCCUGAGGAAGGGGUGUAGACAAGGGCCGUCUCUGAGAUAUGUGAAUGUGGACAUCCCACCUCCCCGGAAUUUUAUCAGCUGUGCUAUACGCUAUCUCUCUCUCUCUCUUACUCUCUCUCUCUCUCUCUCUCUCUCUCUCUCUCUCUCUCUCUCUCUCU